AUUUCUAAACCAUACUCAUAAUAAUCAUCUAUCUUUUUUCUAUAUAGUUUUCUUCUCACCACUCCAAACUUAUGGGUUCCUUAAGAAUUUCUGUUGUAUUACUUUGCUUCUUCAGUCUUGCAUUCUGUCUCUUAGUUUCAGGACGACCGGCUACGUUUCUUCAAGACUUUAAAGUCACAUGGUCUGAGUCCCAUAUCAGGCAAAUUGAUGCAGGGAGGGCCAUCCAACUGGUUCUAGACCAAAAUUCAGGAUGUGGGUUUGCUUCCAAAAGGCAGUUUUUGUUUGGGCGUGUAAGCUUGAAGAUCAAGCUUAUUCCUGGAGACUCUGCUGGAACUGUCACGGCAUUUUAUAUGAAUUCUGACACCAACACUAUAAGAGACGAGCUGGAUUUUGAGUUCUUGGGGAAUCGAACUGGUCAGCCUUACACAGUUCAAACCAAUAUUUAUGCUCAUGGGAAAGGUGACCGGGAACAAAGAGUCAACCUCUGGUUUGAUCCUGCAGCUGAUUUCCACACUUACUCCCUUCUCUGGAACCAUCACCAUAUUGUAUUCUAUGUGGAUGACGUGCCAAUCAGGGUUUACAAGAACAGCGGCAGGGCCCCAUAUCCCACGAACCAACCGAUGGGAGUGUACUCAACACUGUGGGAAGCGGAUGAUUGGGCGACAAGAGGAGGUCUGGAGAAAAUUGAUUGGAGCAAAGCUCCUUUUUAUGCAUACUACAAAGACUUUGACAUUGAAGGAUGCCCAGUUCCAGGACCAACAAACUGUGCCGCAAACCCCAGAAACUGGUGGGAAGCAAGUAAUUAUCAAGCCCUCAACGCUAUUGAAGCAAGAAAAUACAGGUGGGUUCGUAUCAACCACAUGAUUUAUGAUUACUGCACUGAUAAAUCAAGAUACCCAGUUACCCCACCCGAAUGCAUGGCCGGCAUAUAAUCCAAGUCAAACCAAUCAAACAAUUGCAAAAUACAUAUUCAUAUAUCUUCACACUGUCCUUGUAAACCAUUUCGUGCUAUGAUAGCCAUGCAAAGUGUGGGUGAAAAGGAGAAUAAGUGUAAUUCUGGGAUUCCAGAAAUUUAAGUCACUUCUCUACCUACUUUGUACAAUAUAUAUGUCUGUAUCUAAUGCACAGUAUUCUGUGCCAAUAAAAACAUAUGUGUGUAGUUGUGAAAA